CUUUCCUUUCUUUCGGCUAUAUAUCAUAUUUCUCUCUCACACACACAUACACAGCUUUGUCUUCUCCAUUCGCCGCUCCACCGCCCUGCUCCAGUGUUAAGGGACAAAUUGUUUAGAAUCUUCAAGAAUGUCUGCGAAUCCAGCAGUUGUGUAUGAGGAUGGUUCAUCGGGGUCUGGAGAUGAUGUGAAUACGUUGGAUGGACAGAACCGUCAAUCCUUGUUGGGUUCGAGUCAACGUAAGAAAAGUCGCAAGGCUACUGGAGAUUCCAUAGUUGGUGCCAUGCUAGAAAUAGCAGCUUCUUCCAAAAUGAGGGCAAAUGCCAUGAUCAAGAAUGGGGGUGAUCAGUUUUCUGUAAGCAAGUGCAUCAAAGUAUUGGAUGAGAUGCAAGUUGUUGAUCAACAUCUUUAUUUUUUCGCAUUGGAUCUGUUGGAGAAUCCCAAUUGUAGAGAAAUCUUUAUAGCACUUAAGAAUGAGAAAAGGUUGAAAUGGUUGCAGGGAAAGUUUAUUUCUUCCGGUGCUGGUGGUGGUGGCGGCGUUCAUUAGUCCCAAGAACCUCUUCUUUUUUGGGUACUUUUUUUAUUUUGCAUAUUGACAUUAAUUCCAGUUAUUCAGUCAGGGGCUAUGUAAACUGCUUAGGCAUGUCGAAAGAAAGACAUUUGGUUCAAUUAUAGUUGGUAUAGUUAUAGCUUUAUACUGUUUGUUUCUAAACACGAAAACA